AUGGCAAUGAAUCCCUACUGGAGCUGGGCUAUUUUGCUUGCGUUCGCCGGUACCCUGGGCUGGUAUUACACACAGCCAAAAGCUAAGGCUACUGUCCGGCCCGUGGUUGAAAAGGCCGAGGCCGCAGUGGCGCCGAAGAAAGCUAAGCAGAAGAAGACGCCCAAGCCCUCCGAGCCCACCCCCAGAAAGACCGAUGUGAAGACAGUUGUCUCUCCCCCGACCACGGAGGAUGAGAAGCCAGAGAACGAUGUCGAUCAGAAGGAAAUGGCCCGCCGCCUGGCCGGUAUCAAGAAUGGCACUUCUCAGGCCCAGGUCCCCAAGAGCCAGAAGAAAAAGGCCAAAAAGGCUGCCAAACUUGAGAGUGGCUCCCACGCGUCUUCCACCACCGGCGCCGAUGCGGACGAUGACCUGUCUCCUGCCAACUCGCCCCAGGUGAAUGCGACCAGCUCCGCAGGCUAUGUCUCCGACAUGCUGGAGGCCCCCGCUCCCCCUGCCUCUGUGCUGCGUGUGACUGGCAAUGUUGAGACCGAGCCCAAGAAGCAGAAGGCCCAGUCUUUCAAGCCCGUCGAGACCAAGAAGCAGCGCCAAAACCGUCUCAAGAACGAGUCCCGCAAACAGCAGGUCCAGGAAGCCGAAGAGCAACGCCGGCAGUUGCUCGAAAAGCAGCUGCACACAGCCCGCGACCCCCCAGCCACCAAUGCUUGGCAGCCAAAGGAGGCCUCAAAGGUUAAUGGUACCACACCCGGCGCCGCUCCCGCUGCUGCGCCUGUCCACCUUCUGGACACCUUUGAGCCCGCAGCCGCGGCCCCGGCUCCCAAGAAGUGGGACGCCGGCCUCCCUUCUGAGGAAGAGCAGAUCCGCAUUCUGGGUGCUGCUGAGGACGAGUGGACCACUGUCUCAACUAAGAAGCCCAAGAAGAAGUCUGGCAAGGCCGAUGAGAGUGUUAGUGAGACCAGUGCCUCGGAAGCUCCACCCGCCGCCGCUACCCCCGAGCCCCGGGUCACCGUCACCCCGACUUACAUCCCAGACAUCCUGCGAUCUACCCAGAAAGGCCACCCAUUGGACUCUGACUGGGCCGCCUAA